AUGCGUGAGAUUGUAGGCAACAAAAGGCUUUCUGACGUGUCGGACGAGGUGGCGGCCCCGCCCAAGCGCAAGAACCUCACCCAUGCUGUGAUGAGUGAGCGGUAUCACGCCGGCGGUGUGGUAGAGGGCGACUCUGUCACCGUCGCUGCUGCUCGUCAAGAGCUUGCCCGCAUCCAGAGAGAUCACCGGUCAUUGCGGCGUAAUGAUGAGGAGCCGAGUCAGACACCCCGACUGAGCGAGUUGCUUCGUCGGCAAUCUAAGGGCCGAGAGGAUGUCGAAGGAGACGACCAAAGUAGCGAUGAUGACCGGAGCAAUUCCCGCUCCGAGCCAGGCAUCGCAGUAGCAGAAGGGCCUGUACCGGAAGAGCCUAUCGAACAGCGAGGGAAGCGAGGCCGGCCUCGAAAACAGCCCCCUUCCGAUCCGACUCUUCGCCGUCCGCCUGGCCGACCACGGAUACAUCCCCUUCACAAUCCAGCUGCUCCUCGCCGCCCACGUGGCCGUCCUCGCCGUGUCACUCGUCCAGAACCUUCUCCAGCGCCCCUACGCAGCCAAAUUCGCCAUGGUCGCCCACCAAAGCCGAGACAACCAGUAGGCCGUCCUCGCAAAAUUCCGGUCAAUGACCCGCCGCCGGUCCCGCCCCGCGAUUUCAACGAACCGCCUCCUAAAUACACGGGCGAUCUGCAGGGAUCUCCGCUUUGCAAAAACGAUGUUACUAUCAAGCAUGAGUUUAACGAGCGCCUUGCGCAGGAAAACAUGCGCCUUUGUUUCAGAUGUAAGGAACGCUGGUUUGAUGUUGAGCUAAAGGCGGAUGGAGUUUGUAAACGCUGUCACCAAAAGGAUGACAAGAAGCGGGCUGACGAACCUUUCCUUUACUCCGCCGAGAACCACCUGGACUUUGGAGAGAUGCCAGACUCUCUACCCAUCCUCCAUCCCGCCGAAGAGAUGGUUAUCUCGCGGGUCCACGUUGCAGUCAACGUGUUUACGGUCCGGGGCCAGCAGUACAAAUAUCGCGGCCAUGUUGUUCAUUUCCUUCGCGACGUAGGCAAGGUCUAUGACGAACUUCCAUUGCUGCCCAAGGAUUUGGAUAUCGUGAUUCUGCGUCCGAGCGGUUCUGAAGCCGAUCCCGCGAUGGACCGACAGUUUCGCAAGCGAUUUCGCAUUCGCCGCCGAGUGGUGGCUACCUGGCUCCGUUUCCUGUCACGCAACCAUCCUGGCUACAAAGGCUUUCUCCUUAGCGAAUCAAAUCUAAGCCAGCUACCCGAAGACGAGUCCAUCUUCGAUCAACUUACCAUCCACGAAGUGAGCAGCUGGGAAGACCUAGAGCCCGACCAGGGCCCAGUCGACGGUGACAGGCCGGAGAACGAGGAUGGGCUGGGGUUCGAUGAAGCAGCUGUACCCAACGUGCUGGUCAAGGAUUCGGAAUUCGCCCUGCUGCAGGGCGGACUCGAAAACAACGGCCCGGAGAACCAAGAACGUCCUCCAAUGCAGCAGCAGCAACCGCGCGACGCUCACCACCUUCCAAUGCCUCCCAUCAGAUUCACGCCGAUCAGCGAGUUCAACCGGUCGCAGGCUCUGCUGUCGCUAGCAUGUCCCAGCCUCUACCCACGCGGUCUUGCUGAUUUCAACCAGCCGAGGCAACGCGCCAUCAGCUACUCGGAUUACUUGGCGCAUGCGAUGAAGUGGCAUGACGGGCGUUUUGCCCGCCAUCAUACCUUCCGUUACAUCGCAUUGAACACCCUCAUGCGGCAGCAGGCCUAUGGGCACAGCCGGUUCUACGUCAACAAGCAGCGGUCUACCGUCCUAACCAAGGCGGAGUUACAACAGGCACUGGAGAAUCCCGACCGUCCUGAAGCUCAGGCAAUCCUCAACCAGAUCUCCCGCUUUGCUGGGGCGAUUCAGGGUACGAGACCCUAUUGGUACCGCCGGCGCAGGGAGUGCGAAUCUUUCGCGCACUGUCUGGGCGUCCCCGGCGUAUUCAUCACGUUGAGCCCAGCCGAUCUGCACUGGCACGACCUCUACCGGCACAUGCCGGAAUUCGAGCGGUGGCAGGUGUUGGACGAGCCGGCCCGGAUCUCGUUGUCCGGUCGCCUGCUUCGCGAGAACCCCCAUAUCGCGGCGUGGUACUUCACCACGCGGUUCAAGGCAUUCCGAGACGUGGGCCCGCAGCAGGCUACCAGCACAGAUGAGGAGAGGGCGAGGUUCGCGCGUUUGUGGGGUUACCACAUCUCGGCGGAAAACCCCCAGCCCCAUCGGAUUGGACAAGGAGGUGAUGGCGGCAACCCACUGAACGUCGACGCACUGCAGACGGAAGUAACAUGGGACUGGCUGGAUCGCGUCCUCAACCGGUGCCAACGGCAUCAUUGCUCGUCCACCUACUGUUUGCGCAUCAACAAACGCGCGGCGGAACUGGCAGAGAAGAACGGCGAGCCGGGCCCCGAACCGGAAUGCCGGUUUCUGUUUCCCCGCCCGCAUCGAGAGGAAGCCGGCUUGGUUAGAAGGCCGGGCAAGACGUGGUGGUCGUUUGAGGCGGUACGGAACGACUCCCACAUGAACCAGUAUAACCGGCUCAUCACGCUCUGCUGGCUGGCCAACACCGACAUCUCGCCGUGCACCGGGAUCGAGGCGGUGAUCAACUACGCCGCCAAAUACUGCAGCAAGACCGAGACCAAGACCAGCACGUACGCCGAGAUCGCCGGGGCCAUAUUGCCACACGUCUCGGACAGGAACCCCAUGCUGUCGUUUGUUUCGAGGAUGAUGAACAAGUUAAUCGGCGAGAGGGAUUACUCCGCACAGGAGACGUGCCACAUCCUCCUCAAGCUACCCCUCUACCAGGACAGCCGCGUUGUGAUUAGCGUCGACUGCCGACCGGCUGACAGGCAUAACCGGUUGGCAGAAUUCUCCGAAGCGGAUGAGGCUGUCCAGACGAAGAAGACGUCGUACGAGAAAUACCUGGAACGGCCUAGUGACAUGGAGGCGGUGUCGUAUUUCAGGUUCCUGGAGACGUGGAACUUCCAAUCGCCAAACCCGGGCAACUGGAGGGAAUGGCGCCCACCCGCUCGGCCCAGGGUGUUGUAUUACUUCCCGCGGUACACGCCGGUCCAUGGGCACGUACAGUUCGAGGACUUCUGCCGGGUCAAGCUUAUGCUGGCACAUCCUCAUCGGGAAUGCGGCGGCUUUCUAACCCUCGACGGUACCCGUUUCUCAGGCUACGUGGCGGCAUACGAGCACUGCUUGGAGCACCAUGAACAUGAGGAUGACCACUACGGAGAGGCGGAAGCGCCGGAACCCGCGGCUGACGAGGACGAGUUCCGGGCUGUACCCUUCCAGGAAGAUAUCAGUCUCGAAGACUGGCAGGAGCUCGCACGCAUGGUGCCUGAGCUCCAACCAGAACACGAGGAGAUCGACCUACUGACUAGGCGAGAUAUCGACAUCAGGUACGACUGGCAUCCCCACGUCGGCCGGUAUAUCGAUGAACGGUUCGACAGCGGCAAAUACUGGGAUCUUCUCAAAGUCGAGCACCCCAGUAUGGCGGGAGAUGUUGAACACAUUCCUCUGAAGGCCCGGGAUACCCUCAACCGGGAACAGAGGAUCGUGUACGACACUAUUAUGGGCCACCUAGAACGGGAUAACGUACCGCCCAUCCUGUUGCAUGUUGACGGCGGCGGAGGCACUGGGAAGUCGUACAUGGUCAACAUGCUGUCGUCUCACCUCCAGCAAACUCUCCCCGGCCGAAAAUCGCCCAUUCUCCGUGCCGCACCCACCGGGGUCGCGAGCAACCAGAUCAAUGGCCAGACGCUGCACUCCCUCCUCCGCUUGCCUAUCGAUGGCAACUACCGCCCGUUGACCGAAACACCCACUGUUUUGGGGAACCUACAGCGUGUUUUUGCGGGUGUACGUUACCUCGUCAUCGACGAAAAGAGCAUGCUGGGGCUCAAGACUCUGGGUUGGAUCGAUCGGCGGCUCCGCGAGAUCUUUCCGGAGAAGAAUGACUUCUUUUUCGGCGGAUUGAGCGUCAUUCUGAUCGGAGACUUCUUCCAGCUGCCGCCGGUGCUGAACAAGCCGAUCUAUGCCGAGUACGACAGGUUGAUGAAGGAGAUGGAGGUUGCUGGUCUCAAUGCCUACCGCGCCUUCGAGCACUCGGUUUUCUUGGAGACAAUCCAGCGGCAACAUGGGGCGGACCAGGCCGGGUUUCGCGACGCCUUGGUCGAGCUCAGACAGGCUCGGGUGUCGGUCACGGGGUGGGAGCUGUUAGUCUCCCGGUGCGCGUCCAAUCUCUCACCCAGAGUACAAGCCGGUUUCGCGAACGCCGUACGCAUUUAUCCGACGAGAGAAAAGGUGCGGUCUUAUAAUCAUGACCACAUGGUCGACCUGAACUCUCCGGCCCUCUACGUAGAGGCUACCCACCAAGGCGACGGGGCAAGUAAGGCCGAGUCGAAAGACGCCGGCAACCUGUCGAGCCGCUUCCCGGUAUGCAUCGGCGCCAGAGUGAUGUUGACCAGGAAUAUCUGGAACCCGGUGGGCCUGGUGAACGGCGCCCAAGGCACGGUACACGAUAUCGGCUGGGCGGAAGGGGCGGACCCCCUGCGGGAUCCGCCGUUGGUCAUCAUGGUGGCCCUCGACAAGUAUACGGGGCCGCCGUACUACACAAGAGACGUAGAGCUUCAGGACGGGCAGGGCAGGUUGGUGGUCCCGAUCCUGCAGGUGAGGCAAGACUUCACCCUGAAGAACAAGACGUGCAGCCGCACACAGUUCCCCCUAGUGGUCGCGUACGCUAUCACGGUGCACAAGUCCCAGGGGAUCACGCUGCCCAAGGUGGUGUGCGACAUCUCGGAGCGCGAGUUCGCUUCCGGGUUGUCAUACGUGGCCGUCUCCCGGGCGUCGAGGCUGGACGGGGUGAUGUUCGACGUACCAUUCGACCGAAGCCGAGUGAACCGGGACCCGCCGACUGCUGCCAUGCAGAGGAAGCUGGCGGAUUACGAGAGGCGUUGGAAGGCUAGGUUGCUAGAGCCGCUAUACCGACCAAGCAACGUGGAAGCGAGCGAUACGGAGAGUUAUGUGUGA